CGCUGGUUCGAAUCCCCGAGCCGGCAAGGUGGAAAAAUCUGCUGUUCUGUCCUUGAGCAAGGCCGUAAACCUCCAACAACAACGGCCCUAGGUGUAUAUGUCGAUUAAGCCAGCACCUCUGAUUCAGAGAGGUUAGGUUAAAUGCGGAAGACAUUUCUGUUGAAUGCAUUCAGUUGUGAAACUGACUAGUAUCCCCUUUCCCUUCUAGGGUGCCCUUUCACAAUGAAUGAUGUGUGCGGUAUCAGUCACAUGAUGGUACCUUCUAUAUUGUUGACCUUACUCUGACGAAUUGGUAAACUGGGUGGAUAUGGUUAUUACUCAGAUUAAUCCGAUUUUAUCACAAGUGUAUGUCUAUUUUGAUCUUAUCCAAAGGUUUUUAAAAAUUGGUUUUAAACAUAUGCGACUAACUAUUUCCUCAAAAUAUAGAUGAAAUGACAUUUGUUUAAUUGUAGAUAAAGAACAACCUAGCAGCAGUUAUUUUAAAAUCAAACCAAUCAAUCAUCAUAUAUGACGAAGGAACGAUAUAAUUGAGCGAUGUGGACUCUGAACGGAAGUUUCAGCGGGUGCACACUUCAGCAACGCUUGUUCAGUCUUUUAAAAAAAAAAAUUUUUUUUUACAAAAUGUUGAUAUGGCCGUGUGCUUUUAGUAGUUACAUUACUUGUACUAGCCGCUUGGUAAUAGUUUAGGUGUACUCUUUCUGAGCAGCUUAUACAGCAGAGGUGAGUUGACACCUCAAAAUUCAACAUGGACAACCAAGAACAGAACUCUCCCUCUGAAGGAUGCGUCGACUGGUCUACGCUGGUGUCGGGGGUUGGAAAGAAUAUUAAGUCAGUUUUGUGCCGACGUUGUGGCUCGAAGGUCCUCUGCCCAGGGAUGGCGGUGUUUGCAGAGAAGGAGCUGUUCCUGCCCUCAAUGCGCAAGAAGACCACUAUCACCCAAUCAGAGGGAUCCGUGGAUGGGGACACACUGACUACCCACUGGUUAGUCGACGACAUGUACACUUUUGAGAAUGUGGGCUUCACUAAGGAUGUGGGGAGAAUCAAGUACCUCAUUUGUGCCGACUGUGAGAUUGGACCCAUAGGCUGGCACUCCCUGGAUGACAAAAAGAGCUUCUAUGUUGCAUUGGAAAGAGUCAAUCAUGCCUAGUGUGGCCCACUGUAAGAGCCUGGGGAAACUUAAGAGGGUGUACACAUUUGGAACUGAAGGACAAGACAGACCAACAUGAACGUCAGCCGUGCGCAGUAGAUUACUUGUUGGGUGUCGACGGACAGUGCCUAUUCAAUGUAGAGAAAUCGACAGAAAAUGACGGCAAAUGUUCUGUGGUCAGAGGCAAUAGGACGGUCACCCACUGCACAUGGGCAACAUGCAUUGGUCUGUCUUGUCCUUAAUUCUUUCUGGCCUUCACUUUCCCUCUGGCUGGUGCUGGAUGACUCCUUAGUUCUUCAAGGCCACGUGUUCUUCAAUUCCUUUGUUUUCUACUGAUCAACAAUGGUAUUGAUGUGGUUCUCUGUACAAAUGUCAGGUGUUCAGGUGUUAUGCUUUGGUCUGAGGUUAACCCUACAGCCUUUGGAAUUGUAUUACUUGUAUAGGCCUACUUGAUAUUACUUUCUACUUCUGAAAUAUUAUCAGACUUUCUACUUCUGAAAUAUUAUCAGACUAUCUCUGAUUCUACAAAUGUGGCCCAUUUGGACUUCUACUGUUUGAAUGAUUAGUGUGCUUAUCAGCAUAGCACACCCUUCGCAUUGUGAAUAAUGGGAGUGGUUGUAUUUGUUGAGUGUGCUGUAUGCAUUUGUUGCUGAUACACUUCAAGUGACAGUGUUCUGUCUGUUGAUAUACCACAUUGGCUUUGACUGCUGCUCUGGCCCUCAGCUAUUGCCAUCUAACUCCAGAGGACCCCAUUAGAUCUCCACAGUCCAUACUCAUCAUGGACAUGUGAUCUGAAAUGCAUUUCAUUCCAUCUGCAUUUGAAUACUGGAUUACCCUUGGCUUGGCUGUGAGCUCUAUUGUUUGUUGCUUCUUUCGCUGCAUUUUGAUGCUCUUUCAAACUAGAGGUCGACCGACUAUGAUUUUUCAACGCCGAUACCGAUUAUUGGACCAAAAAAGCCGAUACCGAUUAAUCGGAAAAUUAAAUAUUUUUUGUUGUUGUUGUAAUAAUGACAAUUACAACAAUACUGAAUGAACACUUAUUUUAACUUAAUAUAAUGCAUCAAUAAAAUCAAUUAAGCCUCAAAUAAAUAAUGAAACAUGUUCAAUUUGGUUUAAAUAAUGCAAAAACAAAGUGUUGGAGAAGAAAGUAAAAGUGCAAUAUGUGCCAUGUAAGAAAGUUAACGUUUAAGUUCCUUGCUCAGAACAUGAGAACAUAUGAAAGCUGGUGGUUCCUUUUAACAUAAGUCCAGGUAUAUAUUCCCAGGUAAGAAGUUUUAGGUUGUAGUUAUUAUAGAAAUUAUAGGACUAUUUCUCUCUAUACCAUUUGUAUUUCAUAUACCUUUGACUAUUGGAUGUUCUUAUAUUGCCAGUGUAACAGUAUAGCUUCCGUCCCUCUCCUCGCCCCUACCUGGGCUCGAACCAGGAACACAACGACAACAUCCACCCUCGAAGCAUCGUUACCCAUCACUCCACAAGCGAUGGGUUGGGGAACAACUACUUCAAGGUCUCAGAGCGAGUUACGUCACCGAUUGAAACGCUAUUAGCGCGCACCCCGCUAACUACUAGCUAUUUCACAUCGGUUACACCAGCCUAAUCUCUGGAGUUGAUAGGCUUGAAGUCAUAAACAGCGCAAUGCUUGAAGCAUUGCGAAGAGCUGCUGGCAAAAUGCACAAAAGUGCUGUUUGAAUGAAUGCUUACGAGCCUGCUGCUGCCUACCAUCGCUCAGUCAGACUGCUCUAUCAAGUCAUAGACUUAAUUAUAACAUAAUAACACACAGAAAUACGAGACUUAGGUCAUUAAUAUGGUCGAAUCUGGAAACUAUCAUCUCGAAAACAAAACAUUUAUUCUUUCAGUGAAAUACGGAACCGUUCUGUAUUUUAUCUAAUGGGUGGCAUCCAUAAGUCUAAAUAUUCCUGUUACAUUGCACAACCUUCAAUGUUAUGUCAUAAUUACGUAAAACUCUGGCAAAUUAGUUCGCAACGAGCCAGGCGGCCCAAACUGUUGCAUAUACCCUGACUGCGUGCGAUGAACGUAAGAGAAGUGACACAAUUUCACCUGGUUAAUAUUGCCUGCUAACCUGGAUUUCUUUUAGCUAAAUAUGCAGGUUUAAAAAUAUAUAGUUCUGUGUAUUGAUUUUAAGAAAGGCAUUGAUGUUUAUGGUUACGUACAGUCGUGCAACGAUUGUGCUUUUUUCGCAAAUGCGCUUUUGUUAAAUCAUCCCCUGUUUGGCGAAGUUGGCUGUCUUUGUUAGGAAGAAAUAGUCUUCACACAGUUCGCAACGAGCCAGGCGGCCCAAACUGCUGCAUAAACCCUGACUCUGUUGCAAGAGAAGUGACACAAUUUCCCUAGUUAAAAGAAAUUCAUGUUAGCAGGCAAUAUUAACUAAAUAUGCAGGUUUAAAAAUAUAUACUUGUGUAUUGAUUUUAAGAAAGGCAUUGAUGUUUAUGGUUAGGUACAGGUUGGAGCAACGACAGCCCUUUAUCGCGAAUGCGCACUGCAUUGAUUAUAUGCAACGCAAGACACACUAGAUAAACUAGUAAUAUCAUCAACCACAUGUAGUUAACUAGUAAUUAUGAUUGAUUGUUUUUUAUAAGAAGUUUAAUGCUAGCUAGCAACUUACCUUGGCUUCUUACUGCAUUCGCGUAACAGGCAGGCUCCUUGUGGAGUGCAAUGUAAAGCAGGUGGUUGGACUAGAGCGUUGGACUAGUUAACCGUAAGGUUGCAUUAUUGAAUCCCAGAGCUGACAAGGUAAAAAUCUGUCGUUCUGCCCCUGAACAAGGCAUUUAACCCACCGUUCCUAGGCCGUCAUUGAAAAUAAGAAUGUGUUCUUAACUGACUUGCCUAGUUAAAUAAAGGUGUAUAACAUUUUUAAAAAGACACCGAUUUCCCGAUUUAUUUAUUUUUUUAAUGAAAACUUGAAAUCGUCCCUAAUUAAUCGGCCAUUCCGAUUAAUCAGUCGACCUUUAUUUCAAACGGUUAUUAACUCUGUAAAAUAAAAAGUAUCCCUGUGAUUUUUGACCUGUUUGUAAAUUAUAGUUCUAGAAUAGAGUUCACCCUCAUUGACUUGACUGCAUGGGAAAUUGAAAGUCAAUUUCAAGACUCCUUUUAUCUGAUGAAAUACUUUAAUUGGUUCGGGACAUGUAUUUUAUCUAACUUAAACAUAUUCUCUGUUGGCUAUAGCUUGUCAUUUUUAUAUAUCACUUGUAAAGUCGGUGGCCCCUCUCUGUGCACCCUCCCUCACACCAGAAUCCAAGGAACUACACCCAAUCAUUGAGCCCAUCGAGUCCAUUUAAAAAAAACUAGUUCCGGUCACCACGAGGCUUUAGUAUGAAUGCGCUCAUCUGUUUUACUUCCACUAGAAUGCAUAACUCAAAUGUAGCCUAUACUUUUGUGUACUGUAGGAUGAAUAAAUAAGAAUCAAUAUA